UCUCGUCUGGACUCCGUUUUGAAUCUUUUAACCGUGACGCCGAUCGCCGAUCGCCUGAGAACAGUUUUGUGAUGCGCGAUUUCAAUCUCUUCUCGCAGUGAAGGUCUUUCACACUUUUGAUCGGCUUAUUCUGUAGAUGGGCAUCUGAAAUUUCGCGUUCGAAGAAUUUUUUAGACAUGGGUUUUGCAGCGUUAGGUCGAAAAACGUGACCUUGACGCGUUUCAGUGAGUCUGAUUUCUGAUUUAUUGGGUCGGAAAGGGAUCAUGUCUAGCGAGGUUUGGAGAUGGGUAUUAGGGUUAACAUACAUAUUUUCCGUCGCUACGAUUUGGAUUGCUGCCAGUUUUGUCGUUCAGUCGGUGGUCGAUGCGGGCGUGUCACCGUUCUUGAUUACUUUCAUCUGUAAUUCGCUGUUCAUGAUUUACCUUCCCAUUUUUGAGACUGGGAGGUAUUUGGAAGAUACCUAUGGAAGUUUACUGUUCUGGAGAAGAAAUAGGAGCUCACAUUUGAGAGAGUUGGUAGAAUCGGAGAAGGCCGUUCUUCUUGGACAAGACGGUUUAGUUUCGACGGCUGUGGAAGAGGUGACAGUUAGUCAGAACGAUGAUGGAAUUGAAUUGGAACUCGUGAAAGUAGAGCCCGAGGUUGAAAGUAAUGUUGAUGGUAAUGGCGAAGUCACUGGAAAUUGUAACAAAGGGUUGGAUGAAAAGGGUCGUUGGACACGAACGAGAGUGGCGAAAGCUAGUCUUUUGGUCUGCCCGUUUUGGUUUCUUGCACAGCUGACUUUCAAUCUCUCUCUGAAGUAUACGACAGUGACGUCAAAUACCAUAUUAAGCAGCGCAUCAAGUUUGUUCACAUUUUUGGUAUCUCUAGCAUUCUUGGGCGAAAAGUUCACAUGGUUGAAACUCUUCAGCGUUCUUCUUUGCAUGUCGGGAACGAUAAUUGUCAGCAUGGGUGACUCAAAGUCCAACACAACAACUGCAACAGCCAAAAACCCUCUACUCGGUGAUAUUCUCUCUCUGGCUUCAGCUGCAUUGUAUGCUGUCUAUAUCACUCUUAUACGCAAAAAUCUUUCGGAUGAUGAAGAAAAGGAAGGUGGUGGUGUCAGUAUGGCCCAAUUUCUCGGGUUUCUUGGUCUGUUCAAUUUCUUCAUUUUCCUCCCAGUCGCCCUCGUACUCAACUUCACGAGGCGAGAACGCUUCAAUGUGCUGACAUGGAAGCAGUUUGGUCUAGUUGUCGGGAAAGGUUUGCUAGACAAUGUGCUCAGCGAUUAUCUAUGGGCAAAGGCUGUUCUUUUGACGACCACAACUGUAGCGACGGCCGGGCUUACAAUCCAGGUUCCAUUGGCAGCCAUUGUAGACACCUUUACAGGUAACAUUCCGACCCUAACGGAUUACAUCGGAGCUCUGGCUGUAAUGGUUGGUUUUGCCGGAAUCAACAUUCCAUCUGAUGCGAUUUUCCGAUCAGAUGAGUCAGCUCUCGAGUUAGAAUCUGGCACAAACCCGACUCAGGUUGUGUCCGACAGUAGAACAGAAUCUUCGUAGAAAUGAUUGUCGUCCUAAUGGUUUAAAAGUUCAUAAACCGCAGACAUGAUUUCCCUUUGUGAUUCUUUUUUUUUUUCCUUUUUUGUAACUCCUACCAACAUUGAAAUAGAAGAAAUCCGGAUAGGUGGUAAAUAAAGAUGGAGGAUCAUUUGCACA